AUGGUCUACAAAUUGGUAUUAAUCAGACACGGAGAAUCAGAGUGGAACAAGGAAAACAAAUUUACUGGUUGGUAUGAUUGUGGGUUGAGCGAAACCGGACUCAAGGAAGCCAAAGAAGCCGGUGAAAUUCUUCUCAAAGAAGGCUAUGAAUUUGAUUUGUGUUACACAAGCUUUUUGAAAAGAGCCAUCAAAACACUGUGGAUUGUAUUAGAAACUAUGGAUGCAAUGUAUCUUCCUGUUGUCAAACACUGGAGAUUGAAUGAAAGACACUACGGCGCUCUUCAAGGAUUGAACAAGACUCAAACUGCUGAGAAACACGGAGAAGAGCAAGUCAAGAUUUGGAGAAGAUCUUAUGAUAUUCCUCCACCAGCUCUUGAAGUUAGUGAUGAAAGAUAUCCUGGACAUGAAAGAAAAUAUCAAGAAUUGACUUCCGAUGAAUUACCAAAAACUGAAUCACUUAAAUUGACUGUUGACAGAGUUCUCCCAUACUGGAAUGAUGUUAUUGCACCAAGCGUAAAGGAAGGAAAGAAAGUACUUAUUGCUGCUCAUGGUAACUCAUUACGUGCUUUGGUGAAGUAUUUGGAUAACAUUUCUGAAGAAGAAAUUGUUGAAUUGAACAUUCCAACUGGAGUUCCAUUGGUCUAUGAAUUGGAUGAAAACUUAAAGCCAAUUAAGCAUUACUACUUGGGUGAUCAAGAGUUGAUUCAACAAAAGAUUAACAGCGUUGCUAGUCAAGCCAGCAAGAAGAAGUAA